UCAACAACACCCCAAAAAAUCUAUUGCCAUUUUUUUGAAGAGAGUUGCGAUGGACGGUGGACCAGGAGACGACUAGUGUAAACCCAUUGAGUUCGGGUCUUAUCGGAGAGCGAUUAGGUAUCGAUUUCCAUUUUCAAUGGAAUGUACUCUUGAAAUUGUGAGCUGCGAGCUGCGAAAACUAGGCUCCACUUUGACGCCCAGCGUGGAAAAGGCAUAAACUCGGUGCAAUGGAGGAAUAAAAGGACACAUCCACAAUCGCCAUAUUUUGCUACAUCCUCUCCUUGUGGCUGUGGAGCAGUCCCAGAAGGUCCCUCUCAGAGAACUUCAAUGUCCGUUUGAUUUUUACGUUCUAAUUCUGAACCAUAAUCUCCCCCACCAUCUCUCUCCCGCAUUCUUUUUUUCCUUUUUCUCGUUUUACUUGCGUGGGAGUUCUAUUUUGGGUUUUACAGGACACCCAUUUCAUUUGAUCUUCCAUGUAUCUUACUUAGCUGCAAAACCAUGCGUAAUCCAUCGGCAAUAGUCCAGGAAAAUGGUUCGGUAUUCGAUUUCGUUUCUCAAUUGGGUUAUUUCGCGUUCAGUUCAAGGUUUUUGAACUUGAAUUCAGAUGGGUGUUCUGGCUCGUCCUCACACUCUUCCUACUUGAACCGGUUUGAGGGUUAUCGUUGUGCCAAAAGGCCGCCCAAGUCCGGUGUCUCGUUGAACUUGGGUUCAAGAGGCAGCUCAAGCUUUAGGAGAUUUCUGAACGAGUUCAAUGGUGUAAUAAAGUUCCAUUGUGACAGACCCCCACUUGGGUUCGCUUCAGUAGGUGGCGUUUCAGAUGAAGCCAAUGGGAUUAAAGACGACGGCUUCGGUUUAUCGCAUGAUGGCGCAGAGCCAUUGAAUGGAGUCGGGACUGAGAAACCCAAACGAGUUCUUAUUUUGAUGAGCGAUACUGGUGGGGGUCACCGGGCCUCUGCUGAAGCCAUCAAAGCAGCGUUUAAUGAAGAGUUUGGGAACGAAUAUCAGGUGUUUAUAACUGAUUUGUGGACGGAUCACACUCCUUGGCCGUUCAAUCAAUUGCCAAGGAGCUAUAACUUCUUGGUGAAACAUGGUACAUUGUGGAAAAUGACAUACUACGUGACUGCUCCAAAAGUGAUUCACCAGUCAAAUUUUGCUGCUACUUCAACAUUCAUAGCUCGAGAGGUGGCGAAAGGACUGAUGAAAUAUCGGCCAGAUAUUAUUAUCAGUGUACAUCCUCUGAUGCAGCAUGUUCCCCUUCGUAUUUUGAGAUCGAAGGGCCUCUUGAAUAAGAUUGUUUUCACCACAGUAAUCACGGAUUUGAGUACCUGCCAUCCUACGUGGUUAGUCUUUCUUUUUGUUAUUUUUUAUCAAUCCCUUAUUAUACGUGUAGUUUUUAUUAUCUAUUCACUUUUGCUCAGGUUUCACAAGCUUGUAACAAGAUGCUACUGCCCGUCUACGGAAGUAGCAAAGAGGGCUUUGAAAGCUGGACUCCAGCCUUCCAAACUAAAGGUUUAUGGCCUUCCCGUGCGGCCUUCUUUUGUUAAGCCUGUUCGUCCGAAGAUUGAGUUAAGGAAAGAGUUAGGCAUGGAUGAGAAUCUUCCUGCCGUGUUGCUCAUGGGAGGAGGGGAAGGGAUGGGUCCUAUUGAGGCUACUGCAAAGGCACUAAGCAAAGCGUUGUUCGAUGAAAAUCACGGAGAGCCAAGAGGCCAAGUUCUUGUGAUUUGCGGCCGCAACAAAAAACUAGCUGGCAGGUUGCUUUCACUUGAUUGGAAGGUUCCUGUCCAGGUGAAGGGGUUUGUCACAAAAAUGGAGGAAUGCAUGGGAGCUUGUGAUUGCAUUAUAACAAAGGCGGGCCCUGGGACGAUUGCCGAAGCCAUGAUAAGAGGUCUUCCUAUAAUUCUAAAUGACUACAUUGCUGGACAGGAAGUGGGGAAUGUGCCAUAUGUCGUCGAAAACGGAUGCGGGAAGUUUUCGAAAUCUCCAAAAGAGAUAGCCAGUAUUGUAUCGAAAUGGUUCGGGCCGAAAGCAGACGAGCUGAUGGCCAUGUCUCAGAAUGCCUUGAGGCUUGCCAGACCUGAUGCUGUAUUCAAGAUUGUUCAUGAUCUCCAUGAACUUGUUAAACAAAGAAGUUUUGUACCACAAUAUUCCUCUUCCUCCUGCUGAUGCAACCCUGAAGUUUUUGGUAGGAGCCUUCUUCUAGCACUGUACUAUCAGGAAUUCUACUGCCUCCUGAAUGAAUCCAAUCCAUAUUUAAGUGUUCAUUUUGCUGCUUUUUCUUAAUUUUAUGAGGGGAAUAUGUAGAUCGAGUGAGGUUCACAGUUCAAACCAAUUUUUCAGAUUUAAUAUUGAAAUUGAAGUUUAUGUCAGUCUAUUCCUUCCAAUAAAUGCCUUGUGCAGAUGUAA